AUGUAUCCGCAGAAUGUGAGAGUGGCGAGAACAUUAAGUAUGGCAACGUCAUCGACGAUGCCUAUGUCCGAAUCAUCGUACCGCGGGCCGAGGGGGCCGAGCCACCCUUACGGCCUCUAUCCGCAAAGCGAUGCCAUCGGGCCAGAUGCAACCCUGACGAGUGCUAUCCCUCUUGGCUUCCGCGGCCUCCCGGAUCAGUACCAGCGGCGGGUAGGGCCCGAAGGUGAAGAGGCCGCGGAUAUGAUCGGCCCUGGAGGUCACACCGAACAACUACCCCCCUACACUAGGUAUCAGAAUGACGCAUAUGCGCAUAAAGCAGCAACGGCCAACGACCCCAACGGUGCAGUGCAGGGCGCGGUAAUCACUUCACCAGUUCUCACAACACCUGCAUCCACCAUCCCGCCCAUCUAUGGCGCUGGGGGCAUUGGGUUAGCUACAACCAAUCCCGAAUUUGAGUCCACAGAUGACUUGGACUCCCCGAGGUCACGCCACUCGACCCGCAGCUUCACGUCGGAUGACAGUCAACGGCGGAUCAGGGUGGGCGAUGAGGACGUAUCAGAAAAAAGGAAACCGCCCAAGAAAUGGCAGGCCUGGAUGCGGCGAAAGCUCUGCGGCAUUAUCCCAUACUGGGCUAUAUGCUUGACUGCUAUCAUAUUGGUCGUGUUGUUAGUGGUGUUGGGCGCCGUGGUUGGCACGGUCGUAGGUAACAAACAGAGGCGGCCACCGCGAAAGGGUGGGGUCUGGGAGCCGCCAUAUGACGCCACGCCCAUCCCGCCGCCACCGGAUCUCCAGCCCUUACCCACGGGUACCUUUGGACUUCCGUUGUUGACCAACCGCAUCUCCAGCACCUGCUUCCAAAAUCCCACUCUGUCACAAGCAUGGAGCUGCCACCUUGUCAUCUCGGGCAUGACUCUGAGUGUCGCGAAGCAUGAGCGCGGCUACCACGCUUCACUGGAUUUUAACCGCUCGUAUACGAUGAUGGACGGGGUUUACUCUUAUGGGGAGCAGCCCCCGAUGAUCGAAAAGUCGUUUGAGCUCGAAUUAGUGGAGGACAAGUUUGAGCCUAGCCGCGGCCCCGCUUGGUUUAAGAUGGUCUCGUACAACAAGACGGUAAUUCUACCUGAAGGGUGGCUCGGCUCAUCAGGCGACGAUGCAGAGGCUCAGAAGAGGAGCCGCCACGCCGCCACGAUUGGCGCGGGCAUAUCGAACUUCAAGCGCAAGGGGAUCGCGCAGCCCGGCGAUAAGCCCUGGGUCUGCAGCUGGCCGAACACCUACCUCGAGCUCUUCAUCUACGCCCAGCAGAACUCGAGCUUCUCAAACUGGCCGAAGCCACUGUCGGUGUCCAUGUCCUCGGCCCCUUCAACAUCAUCUGCGACACCACCCCCAACUUCGGCCACCGCUCCGGUCGAUGGAUCCGGGUCUUCCUCGGAAAGCUCAUCCCCAUCGCCCAGCGACCCCAGGACCGGUGGCCCAAACAACCUAAACAUGCCUUACAACAACCCCCCGCAUAAUUUCCCUCGCUCACCCCCCAGCUCAACACCAGCGUCCAUGGAAACGGAACACACGGCGACCGAAUCCUCCACGGCAACAUCGUCAGGCCCGUACGGACCGAUUGACACGGGCCAUGGUUUCCCGUCGCUGCCGGCGCCGUACCCGCGAGUCAUCAAGCUCCAGGAGCGCCGCAUAUCGACAGAGGGCACGCCCCGCGCCCGGUGUACGCAAGUCGAGAUCCAGGGGCCUGACCAGAAGGCCCGACCGGUGCGAGGGCCCGGCGGGAAGCCCGUCAUCGUGGAGAUUGAGGAGACCGACCCAUUCAUGCCGCCCGGGCCGCCGGGUCCGGACGGGAUAGAUGAUGUUAGUAAGAGGGCGCUGCAGGGCUGGGACCAGGCGGUGGGUGUGCUCGGGAGGGAUGAACCUGGGGGCGUUGGGGUGCCGGAUAUCAGCCCGUGCGGAUGCAUGUGGUUUUUGACGUGA